UCCAUUUCCUGUUUGCAGCGUCGACUAAUAGGCUAGGGUCCAGCGCUUGAGCUGGAGGUUGUGGCGUCUGCAGGUUCGAGACGUUUGGAGCUCCAGCCAGGAUGAUCGAGGUUGUUUGCAACGACUGUUUGGUGAAGAAGGUCCGCGUCAAAUGCAACACCAAUGACACCAUUGGGGACCUUAAAAAACUGAUUGCAGCCCAAACUGGCACCCGUUGGAACCAGAUUGUCCUUAAGAAGUGGUACACGAUUUUUAAGGACCACAUGUCUCUAGGGGACUAUGAAAUCCAUGAUGGGAUGAACCUAGAGCUUUAUUACCAAUAGAGCAGAAUUCCUUCCCCUGCCCUACUUUGCUUUCCUCCCACACUGUCCACACUGGUAUGGAUGCUUGCUUUUAAAAACUCAUCUUA